GUGCCUCUUCCUCCUCCUCCUCCUGCCGCCGCUGCUGCUCUCAAGGAGACUUGAACAGGGCUAUCUGUUUCCCCUCUAUUCUGCUCUGCUCCAGCAGGGCAGUCUGUUCACCAUGAAGGGCACAGGGCACAGUAGAGGAUGUCCGGAGAUGCGUUUGGAACCGGGGGCAGCGAUGCCCAGCAAACCCUGCAGUCCUUCUGGCCUCGUGUCAUGGACGAGAUCAGGAACCUCACUGUGAAGGAUUUCCGCGUGCAGGAGUUACCUCUUGCCCGAAUCAAGAAAAUCAUGAAGCUGGAUGAGGAUGUCAAGAUGAUCAGUGCAGAGGCUCCAGUCCUGUUUGCCAAGGCGGCUCAGAUCUUCAUCACAGAGCUCACCCUCAGAGCGUGGAUCCACACCGAGGACAACAAGAGACGCACACUACAGAGGAACGACAUUGCCAUGGCCAUAACAAAGUUCGACCAGUUUGACUUCCUGAUUGACAUUGUCCCGCGCGAUGACCUGAAGCCACCGAAACGGCAGGAGGAGAUGCGUCAGUCAGUAGCUCCAGCAGAGCCGGUGCAGUACUACUUCACUCUGGCUCAGCAGCCCGGAGCCGUACAGGUGCAGGGCACACAACAGGCCCAGCAACAAGGCGCACAAACAGCCACGACCAUCCAGCCUGGACAGAUCAUCAUCGCACAGCCGCAGCAAGGACAGAUGCUGCAAGGUGCCACCAUGCAGCAGUUACAGCAAGUGCAGGUGCAAUCACAGGGCACACCUAUCACGAGUGCGCCUGUGGCCAUGCAGGUGAGCGAGGGCCAACAGGUACAGAUAGUCCAAGCUGCAGCAGCUCAGGGUCAAGCCCAGACGGCUCAAGCCCAAGGCCAGACCAUGCAGGUCAUGCAGCAGAUCAUCACUAACACAGGAGAGAUCCAGCAAAUCCCAGUGCAACUAAACACAGGCCAACUACAGUACAUCCGUCUAGCCCAGCCUGUCUCCGGCGCACAAGUGGUCCAAGGACAGAUUCAGACUCUUGCUAACACCCAGCAGAUCACACAGACAGAGGUACAGCAAGGACAGCAGCAGUUCAACCAGUUUACUGACGGACAGCAGUUGUAUCAGAUUCAGCAGGUGACGAUGCCAGCGGGACAGGAGCUGACCCAACCAAUGUUCAUUCAGUCCACCAACCAGACGGCUGACGCACAGGUCACGCAGGUCAGCACCGACUGAGCCGAGGCGGGAACCUUUUCUCCACACACACACAACACGCAUACCAGCCCAUGAGACGCCGACAGAUGCCACCAACUUGGACAAAGGAUGCUUGAUAAUGUUGAUUUUACGGACUGCUCAUAUAGACGAGGGACCCAAACAAUUUUUUUUUGUAAUAAAUUUACUACACUGGAUAAAAAAACAAAACAAAGGGACACUGAUUGACUCUCUCAGAAUCUCAUGUUAAGUUGCAACCAUGGUUUUUUUACUUCUGUCAGCCACAUCUGUAGAGAAAAAAAUAUGCAUCCACUGCCACCCAAGUCUCUAUUGUUCCCCUCCCUUCAUGUUGAAACUUCAAAGAUUUUUAAAACGUUAAAAAAAAAUUCUUUCUGCUCUACAUUUGGAGACGAAUCGGGAAAGUGUCUCUGUCUACAACACAAUCUGCUCCUCUGUGGUUGAAGGUAGCCAUGGGAUUUGUCACCUUCUGCUUUCCUUCUGAGAGAACACGAAUCAAACACUCUUGAUUGUUUUUCAUGUAGUUUAUGGGUGAAAUGAAGCCAUAUACCUCAGAUAUCACUUUUUACAGCAAGGGAUCUCAAGAGGAGGUUAUAAGGUUGAACGUUAAUUUUAUGUAGCGUCUUUUGUGUCGUUUACCACAUCGACGAUGAAGCACGACUUUAUGUUGUAAGGGCUUCAAACUGUGUAGGUUAACUAUACAUGUGCUUGUAUCUCAAGCGCCCACACCACAGUCAUCUUCAUCUUUUCUUCAUCCCUCUGUCUUUAGAGCGGGGAAUCUCUUCUCUGCUUCUAUGCAGUUUCACACAACCUUUCUACCCGGGUGGUUUUGGAGUCUUGUGCCCUGGUUUAAGUCUCAUGUAAAAACACAUGACUCUGUCUGGAGCAAAAAAAGAAAA